AUGUGGGAUACAGACGCAGAUGGAGCGGGAAGAGAGCGCAUAUGCUGGAGCGGCAUGGAGGCGUAUGCGACAGCACCGUGCGCCGCGACGCGCACCCGUGCAAUUAGGCGUGGAGAAGGUAUGGGCAACGCCUACGACGAAAUCUCGACGAAGCUCCGCCAGCCGCGCGAUGCACGCUCAUCGUCGAGGCCGAGGUCGAUGAAGUUCGCGAGCGGCGAGAGGAACGACUCGAUCGUGCUCCGGCGGCUGCGCUUCGACGGCGUCGAGCUCGUGCCCGACCCAGAUCCAGAUCCUGACCACCACGAGGCGCAAUCACGUGCGGAUGACGGUGGCGGCGGCGGCGCCAUGGUCAUACCCAGCGCAGAGGAUUCCGGCCGCGCAGGAGGGCACCGUGAAGGCUGGACGCGUCCCUCAAGCAUCGCGAGCGCUGCGGAACGGUUGCGCUGGCGCGUCCUUACAGACACGACCGAGCGAAAAGACGGGCUCGCGCGCAGGGGCACCACGGCUGGUGCCGACGCGGGCGUAAGCGGAAGAGGAAGGUCCGCCAAGGUGCUCGCGGCAGUGAGCGGCGGGCUCGACGUCGACGCAGUAGGCGAUACGGGCGAAAAGAGGAAGUACGACUGGCCCGCGCCCGGCGAGAGAAUCGGCGAAGAGUGCAGAGGCGGAGACAUGAGGGAGGGCUCGGAGCGUGAGGGGCGGUGCAUCGGCGACGUAGGGGAGACAAUGGACAUCGCGGUGGUGAGGCAAGCAGACAGGGUGAGCGUGAGGUUGGACGCGCGCCGACGACGCGAGGACAAUGGCACAGGGGGCUCUGGAAGGUUCGCGGAGGGGGCGGGCUUGGCCGAAGGUAAGCUGAGUGUCUCGCGCGAGGGUCGGCGGAACUUGGGAACCGAUGGCACGGCGAACUGGGAGAAUCGGCACCGAUCAGACAAAUGGGCGAAGAAGAGAACGUACGGCGUGGGACUGCGCUGGGCAGGCGAGCUGGGCUCGGAACGGCCGAGGCCAAAGGACAUUGUCGCGCGGGUAGUUACGGUAUCCUUGCGGCGGAGACUCAUGGAGCGCAUGGACUGGCUCUCAGCCAGGUCGAGGGAGAGGAAAGAACGGCCCUCGUCGGACUGGUGGCGCCGCGGGACUAGGGUGAGGAACAUAGCACUGUCGCUAGCAGUGUCGGUAGACGAGCGAACUGCAGCAUGGAAGCUGACGGUCGCAGUGUCGACGGGCGCACGCGAGGCAGGAGCAUCGAGCUCGGGGGUGUUGCGCCCCGAGAGGAGGCCCGAGGUGAAGAGGGGAGAAUACUGUGCAAAGGCGGAGUCCAUUGCCGGCGUCGCUGUCGCUGUCGUCGUCGGUGAGGAGGAGGCGCCAACACCCAUGGCGGUGUGCGGCGCCGCCCUAUUUGCGCACAGCGUCGCGUCAGGCGGCGUCGGUCGCUCGGACGGAUCCUCUCUGCGCCCAGACUCAGGCCGUACGGCGGUCUAG